AUGAAGCGUGGGCGUGUUGCGACUCGCGGGUCGACGCGCCGUGCGCUGCGACGGAAGAACGUGGUAAUGGACGAGGAAGACGAGGAGGAGGCGGCAGAUGCUAGCCAAGGCGAAGAAGAAGAAGAUGAGGAUGAAGCAGACGAAGAAGAGGAGCAGAAGACGCCUCCGCCCAAGUUGACGCGUGCGCAGGCAAAAAAGCGCGAGGCGGAGGCGAAUAAAAACAAGAAGAGUGCUCAAAAGAAGUCGAAAAAGGUUAAGACUGAAGUGGAGGAGGAAGACGCUGAGGCUGAAGCGGAAGAAGAGGAGGGCGACGAAGACGAUGACGAUGAAGAGGAGGCCGACACUGAAGAGCGGCGCAGAGGCGCUCGUGGACGCGGAGGCGGCAGGCGGCAGCUGAGAGGGUCCAAGCCUCCACCUAGGAAGAAGCAGAAGCGGAAAAUUAUUGACUCGGAAGACGAGGAGGAAGCAGAGGAGGAAGACGACGAAGAUGAAGACGAGGAGGAGGAGGAGGAGGAGGAAGAAGAAGCAGAGGAAGCGAAGCCUCGGACGAGAAAUCUGCGGAAGGAGGAGAGCAAGACGACGCCUCGAGGCAAGACGAGGGCGGCCAAGAUCGCUGCAGGGGGGAAGAAGGCGCCGCCUGAGAAGAAGCCGGUGAAGAGACGACAGGCGCCAAAGAAGAUCGAAGAGAGUGCUGAGAGUGAGGAGGAAAAAGAGGAAGAGGACCAAGACGACGCUAAGAGUGAAACGAAAGACGAGAAACCGUCGAGCGACCCACCGUCUGCAGCCGCCACGCCGUCCUCGUCGCCUGCGAAACGCAAGGGCUUAUCGAUUGACACGCUGAUGAACGACGCGGACGAGGAAGAUGAGCAGGAGGAGCAAGACGACGUUGAAAUGACGCCCGCCUCGGCAUCUGCGUCGGACGCUGGGGCAGACGCGGACGAAGUUCCGGAUCGGCACUUUCGAGAGGCGCUGAGUCGCGCUACGACCGAGCCAAAGCUGAUGGAACGAUUCAGCCAGCCGGUUGUGCUCAAGUAUCUGCUGCGUUUACUGCGGUCGAAGCACUACAUUGGCAUGAAAGACCCGUCGGACCACGGCAAGAAGCCAAGCGCUGUCACAGCGCUGGGGUCAGGGCAUGCAUUGGCAUCGACGGAAUACUAUCAGAUCUCGCUGCCUGUGCUGGUGACGAACCUCUUGGUGCAGAUCAUGAAGGAGGUCGACGAGUGGCCGGUGGACAGCGUCAAGGUGUUUCUGGACGACUCGUUGUCCGCUCGCGUGUGGGUGGACCACGAGUUAAGCCGAUUGUUUGUUCAAAACGUGAAGACGGUACUGGAGACGGAAGGGACUGAGAAGCAGUCGACGCAGCCUCUCGUUCGGAAGCGUUUCCAGGGAUCUGCUGUGGUCCAGGAGAUGAGAGAUCUCAUCACUAAUCAUAUUCGUUCUCGUCUCGUGGAACUGGAGAAGGAAAAGCCUGGAAACACGGGAGGCCCCUCUAGUGUUGGCGGCAACCACGCGGUCCGAAACAUGAUCAUGACGCUGGCUGACUGUGCGAGUGUCGCUCAGGUGCGCGUGUUCGGCGCCGAGAACAUGGAGGCGUGGCUGCAGAAUCCAUCCGUCAAGGGCCAAGCCAAAGAUCUGCUCAACAAGAUCGUCGCGCUCUGCAAGUCCACAAGCUCUCAAGAUAUUGCCACGGUGGAUCUGCUGCUGAAGCUGAAACUCAAGUCAACUAUGUUCCAGCUCAAGGUCGAAGCCAUCACACACCUCGUGUGCAAUAACCCCGUGUAUCUAAAGCGUGCACUGGCGAUGUUUAUCGCUCGAGAACGCCCCAACAACAUGUCACGGGACGUGGACAACAUCAAGAUGCUGCAGCAUAUCUUCCGGGCGUCGCGCUCGAUGUCAGCGCCGUCUAUCCUAGGCAGCUCGGACGAUUUAUUCUACCGUCGACCCAUCGAGCAUCAAGGAACUCUUGCUAGUCGAGAAUUGGCGCGUGUAUUCCGGGAAAUGGCCAGCGUCUCGGACGUGGCUCCAGUACUGAAGACAAUUGUGCGUAAGAUUCUGAAGCAGCUGACGUUCGAGCAGGUGGAUAUUAAGGCGCUAUGCGUUGGGAUUCUCGAUAACGACGGCCAUUAUGAUGCGCUGGCGGGUGACGCGCGGGUAUUGGACUAUAUGGGGCUCGUGACGGGCGUUGUUUGGCUCAUCUUACUGAUGCGGGGGGCAGCUGUCAAGAGUCUCCAGCUCCAGCAAUCAAAUGCCACUAACCGCCAGGGCACAGGGUCCACUCCACUUGGCUCAACUGGCUUGAAGCAUGGCGGCACCCAGGCAAUCCCUCGGCGUGGAUCCAACCCGCCACUCCCCGUGUCCAGAGCGAAUAGACUUGGUCCUCCAAAAGGCAAGCAGGUGUUAGGCAAGUCAUCUCUUUCAUCGAGUCACACCGCAAUUGGUGGCGGUAGUACCGCAGCCGCCAGUGGCAGUGGUAGUGGCAAUAGCAACACUGCGUUGACGGAAGGCUCGAAGACAGUGAAGAUAUCUGUAUGGGCCAAGGAGGAGCUGCAACAAGCACUUGCAUCCGUACAGCGAGAAGCCAUCGUCUGCUGCCGUGACGUGUUGAAACACUUUGGACUAAACGGAGACUCGCCGUUCGAGAAAAUGCUGUACGAAAGUAUCGUGAAGAAGCUGCUUUUCCUCGAUAUUCCAUCGGAUGUGCAGCCCACAGAGCACGAUCGGACCUGCUUUCAGUCGACGAAAGAAGAUAUCCCCGUUCACGAAGACUCGCUGGAACUUCUCACAGGUUUAUACAACUCAUGCAGAGCUAUCGACCGCGUGGAAGCUCUGCGGACGCUGGAGACGAUAGUCUUCCGUGGUGCUGAGGCUCAUAUGCAUCGUGAAGCGUUGUGGCGUCACCACGAAGACGAUCUAGCUGCGUAUGCUCAAAACGGCGGAGUGCUUGGCAUUGAAGUGAAGAACAAUCAGUUCGUCCAGCAUCUGCUCAAGCUUGCAUUGUGGCAAGGUACUGGCGACAAGCAGGAGCAAGAAUUCUGCCAUUCAAGUCGCUUCUGGAUUUGUUGCUCCAUUUUAUUGAUCGUUGGGUGCUUCAAUCCCAACACCAUCGGCACCUUCUUGUGGGAGGAGCUGCCGACACUGCGAGGGUUGAUGCAGAUGGUCAUUACUGGUCGGUACACGUUCCCCGCUAUCAGUGCUCCGGAUCCAUUGCUACUUGGCAAGCACAAAAGUGCGUUCCCUGACUUGAUGCAGGGCAAUCUGCAGCUGCGAGACUACGAACAGCAGUUGCUGCAGCUUAAUCAAGGUGAUCCUUCAGUGACUGGAGACCCGUUGAUGUUGUUCGAUGUCAAUGGCUUGGCGCGUCAACCGCCACCAGCGAUUCUGGAGCAUCUCCGUACUCUGGACCGCAAGUUUAAGCUCGGCAUGCGACUUCGACAAAGUCGAAAGAAGGAUUUCCUUAUGGAGAUGGUGGCUGGAAACGACGACAAGAAUGCGGUGCAGAACGUCAGUGCUGCGGCGAACAGCGCGUGGUGGAUUGCAGACAUCGUGUGCGAAGACCUCGACACUGUGCAGUAUCUACCGUACGGAUGCUUGUGCCAGUUAUUACUUCUUGCAGUACGUCCCAACAACACCAUCAACAGAUCCGACUCGCAAGCUCAAGUGCCUCUAAACCAACCAGCACUGGCUCAGAUCAUCCCACGUCUGCUCACCAAACUGCGUGAGUAUCUUGCUGGUGGGAACGACAAGUCGAAAGUGGCGUCAAAUGUUGUCUUGUACUAUCUCGAGUGUCUGAAUUCUCCCGAGCUGUCGACGCGACGAGUGGCUGCUCAUAUUCUGUAUCUGCUGACUGCACCUCGCAGCGUUGAGGAGCUUUCGGAAGAGAUCCAUCAAGUUGUUGUCUCGUCUGGUGCACCGAGCACACAGAGCUUCUCGUGGCUGCGUGAGUUGGCGAAGCUUCCCUGCUAUAGCAGUGUCCGCAGCAAGAUUUUCCGCUCGCUAGAGAAUUUACUUGAACUGGAGGCGUCAAUCCCGUCGCUUCGUAUGUGCAUGAAGGCGCUGUAUGACUUCUCAAAGGAUGGCAGCAAUGCCGCCUACGAAGUGGGAGAUAUCAAGAAGGAUGAAGAUGAUAAUCACCCCCAGAAGUCCGCUAUUGAGCAGUCACUGCUGUUGGCGGGGGCGUUUGGGAGGCUACUUGCGGGACGUGACUUGGUGGCGACUCUGUUGCUCAAGGAUCUCGACAUCUUCGCCGUCACAGUGGAAGUGAUCUGGCGUGCGAUUGAGUCGCAACUGGAAAUUGCUCCGCAACUUAAGGCAACGUCUGGCAUCAGCUUCUCAGACUGCAAAGUGUUUUACGUGACAGAUGGCGCCAAUACUAUCCGCGAGAUCAAGCUCCCUCUCGCGAUUAUUCACGGCGCUAUCCAGGUGCUUUGCUCGCCACACGCUCACACAGAUUCAUCGACAACAGGUUCGUCAGACGACAGAACGGCCACGUGCUUGGCGAGGAUAACGCAGAGUUUGUUCCCGAAAGCGACGUCGAAUACUGCGAUUUUGUCGAGCACAGGACUCAUCGCAACGAAGGAUUCGCGUCUCUAUCCAGACCAUUUGUUGACCAAACUUGCAGCCGCAGCUUCUCCCACGACGGCUCAUCUCUGCGCCACUGCGGUGCGUGCGAUGUCAAUGGAAUCUCUGUGGAACCUUCUGGAGCAGUCAGCGUUAAGCGAGCAGUGUCUAGAGAUGGCGUUGCUUUCAGCUGUAGAAGCAACGAAGAAGAACGAAAGCAAGGCUGUGUCUAGUCUUGUAGCCGUGACCAAGGCGUCGGACAUCUCGAUUGCAGCCGACACAGUCCUGAUGCAGCUGAGUGCUUACGACCUGGUCCCCAAUCUUUCGUCUGUCGUGUCGGAGAAACUGAAGUUACUACGCGAGUGGCUUCAGGAGCGAAGCGGGUCAAACAGCAGCAUGACGACCGAUGCAGAUGAUGAAGAAGCACUCCUGCUCUCGGAAGGCUUCACUUCCUUCAAGAUCCAGACGAGUAAGGCUAGCUCCACAGCCACUAUGGGCUCGUUUUACACAGAACCGAUGGAGGAACCACCCAAAACGUCCGUCGGCUCUACAACUGAGAGCACUAGAACGGAUUUGGAGGUAUUCAAAGACGAGCUGAAGCGAAGCUCGAGCACUGGAUCGUUGCCUAAUGUGAUCGCCCCUGAAGACUUUGUCUAUGCCGCCAGUCAAGCAGUUGAUAGGUCGUGUCCGAACAGUGGGGACUCUUCUUCGCAUUCUCCUGCUGACCUGUGGACACUACACAUGUCGUUACUGCACUUUGCAAGGUCAUGUUGCACCUCCGCUGCUGCUGCUGCUGAGCUGGCCAAGGCAUUGCUUCUAGUCGUGAGCCACCUGCCAACCUGCUCUAGUGCUACUCACCGCAAGGAAUGCAGCGGAUUUGUACGUCGUGCUUUGGAGAACCUGGGCGAAGGCUUCGCUGGGUCUUACUCGGCUUGUGUCAGCUUCGUUCGCCACCUAGUGCAAGCCUCCAGUACUGAAGGUCUUUUCCUUCUUGAUGAUCGAACGAUAGCGCUAGAUGUCUACACGGUGCUGGAGCUGGUGGUUAAGUUUAUCGAGCGCAGCGUUGCACGAUGGAAAGCCAAGAAUGUUUCUCUUCGUCUGGAUGCGAUGGCACUGCAUAGUCUUGUGGUCCUAGUUAAGGAAGUGGAAGUACUCAAGCGGACUCAAGGGAUUAGCGCGGAAAAGUCGACUGGGUCUUGUGCUACUGACCUAUUGACGAGUAUAGCGCACGAUCAAGCUGAUGACACGACGAUGCUCAACCUGCUGGACCCGAUCAUGACUGCGGACCCACAUCUAGGAAACCUUGGCGACGUCGUGGCGAUCCAUGGAGAUGUGAAACGUGAACUCAUCGGGGCCUUGUACUUCCAGAACCCCAAGGUCGUGGCUGGAUUACUCGACACGCUGAAUCCAAACUGGGAGUCGCUUGUAAACUUCGAUCUUCAUGGGGAUCAGCACCAGCUGGCCAUUCGGGAUCGCAAUCUGCUGUCCCAAGUGGACGAUAUUCUGCGCGAUCUGACACGGGACGGCAGUGAAGUGGUGGAGCGAUUCCGAGAGCUGACUCGAUGUCAUCCUAUGCUGGUGCUCUCACGCUUCCCUCGACAGCUCAUGCAGCACUUUGGGACGGUCUCGCUGUCCCAACUCUAUCUCAACACGACGUUCUUUCAAAAUAUUCUCAGUGCUAUGCAGAUCAUGCGGCCACACAUGCGUCACAGACCAAGCGUAUUGGAGCCAUUCUGCCAUUUCUUGUUCGAGAUCCUGCGUGUCAUAGCCGACCACCAUGCCGUCGAGUUCCACCAGCUCGUCUCUCACACCUGGGAAUUCUUCUACGACGCGUUGGAAGCUGACUUUGACUUCGCCAGUGAGCUGGUCUUCUCAGCCCCACGUGUUAUUCUGCUGGAAAGUAUGUACGAGUCGCAACCAGAGUCUGUGGCGUUUGGGGAAGUCAUGGCUCAGCGUCAUAACGAAUGGAGCUUGCGUACGACUCUGGAGUCCAUUCGAACAGGCCGUAAGCACCACGGAGCUUCGAGUCAGCAACAACAAGUCGAGCAGUUGUUAAGUCGCAUUGAGAGCCAAGAACUUGCGUCUACUACAGGUAAACCAUUGACGGAGCGGACGGAUAUGAGUGCUGUUACACAAGGACUUCAAGCGAUCGAUUCCUUGUGCGCGAAGACGGACCAGGGCGCGUCUGUGGUGGCAUUACUGCGACGUUGCGCUGCUCCUGUGGCUUCACUUCUGGCGACGGAGACGGUGACCAAAGCCGUCAUGGCUACAUUAUGCCAGACGUUGCUGAAUCUUAUGAAGUAUGACUCGGUCUGUGUCGAUGAUGUCAUGCGUCACUACGUCCAGUGUCUGCGUGUUGUACGACCUGGGUUAAAGGAAGCGGCAGUGAAUACGGUUCUGGAUUUCCUCGUCUUUGCCGAUGCCCGACAGAGGAGACAGAUCCUGCAACAACUCUUCGAUGAUCCGAGUGAAAUCGCGAAGAGUAAACUUGGAGUUUAUCUCAGGAGCGCAGCGUUCCGAACGACUCUCCUAGUAGCGUCGAAAACAUGA